AUGGCUUCUCAGAAUUGCUGCUUCCAGCUUCCUGGUGGUUUCCAGCUGCUGGGAGUCCCCCCUCCAAUCGUAGAGUGUCACCAAGAGACUUUCUUCAAAAUAACAAACCAAGCUCGUCUGACUGUGAGUCCCAGCAGCUCUCAGUUCUUUAAAGGAGACUUUGUGUCUCUGAGCUGUGAGGAGGACGACAGCUCUGCUGGAUGGACUCUGAGGAGAAACACAAGCAGAGACACCAGAGCUGAGUGUGGAGAUGAGUGGGGAAGAUCAGCUGGUUCUUCCUGUAACAUCAGCUACAUUUUUACAGUUGACAAUGGAGUUUACUGGUGUGAGUCCAGAGAGGGUCCCAUCAGUAACAUGGUUAACCUGACAGUCACUGGUGGAUCAGUGAUCCUGCAGAGUCCUGUCCUCCCUGUGAUGGAGGGAGAUGACGUCACUCUGCUCUGUAAAACAAAGACCACUCCCUCCAACCUCCCAGCUGCUUUCUAUAAAGAUGGCUCCCUCAUCAGGAAGCAGCCUACAGGUCACAUGACCAUCCAGCAUGUUUCCAGGUCUGAUGAAGGCCUCUACAAGUGUGACAUCAGCGGUCAUGGAGAGUCUCCAUCCAGCUGGAUCACUGUCACAGACAAACACACCACCACACCUCCACCUACAUCCACACCUCCACCUACAUCCACCUCUCCUCCUGAUUUCUCCUGUGUCCCUCUAUCACUCUUUUCUCUUGUCCUCACUGUGUCAGUAAUUAGUUCAGUCUGUGUUCUGGUUCUUGUGGUGUUACUGGUUCUGCUGGUGAGACGACAAGUUCAAAGGAAAACUGAACGGGAGGAGUUGGAGAUGAUGACAUCACGUACAGCAAAGGCUCAAGUCAUCAACAACAGCCAAUCAGAGGAAGCAGAGACUUUAAAACAGAGCCAGACGUCGUCUACUCCUCACUGAACUAGUCCACCAGUCCAACCACUGACAUCCAGCUGCUGGUCUCUAACUGGUCCACACAGCCACACAAUGUUGAUUUGCAUAUAUUCUGUAGUGUCUUCUCAUUAUAAUAUACACUCUCAGUGUUUGUAUGAGUGUAUGUUGUAUAACUAAAAUAUGAAUGUCAUGUGUACAGCGUUGUCCUGCCUUCUCUGCAGCAUCCAUAAACUUUGCUGUCACAUGUUGUUCCUGUCGUGUGGUUCUGUGGGUUUCAGAAGUAUUGCUGAUGGAAAAUUCUGUGUUGUGGUUCUGCUGGUGUUACUGGUUCUGCUGGUGAGACAACAUGUUCAAAGGAAAUCUGAAGGGGAGAAGGUGGAGAUGAUGACAUCAUGUUCAGUGAUAGCAAAAGCUGAAGUCAACAACAGCCAAUCAGAGGAAGCAGAGCGUCGUUCCAGACCAUACUCCAUACCAGUUGGUGGCGGUAAUGCACCUUUCAAUUGUUUGCCAACCGCCAAUAUAAAUGUAAGAAGAAGAAGCAGUGCGUUGAUCUUUUUGACACACGCACCGGAGCGUCAGCUUCAAGCGGACCAUCACUACCUCUCGCAUCUAAAGGUAAGUGCCAAGGUAACUUUGAACUGAGUUCAGUCAGUCUUGAGUUUAUCGAAGUUUUCUGCUGCUCUCUGUGAGAGAAGACCGUUAAAAGCGAGCCUCUUCAGAGUGUAGCAAAACAGGAAACCACAGCUGGGUGUGUGUAAGUGUGCAAACGAAUAGAUUAAAGUGCAAGUGAGCCACGAGUAUAGAAAGGUCAAGUUUCGUGAGUUGUUUUUCUCACCACUGAUCACGCGCGCAACACUCUACACAUACUUGCAUCACACGCGCGCUCUCAAGCAUCAGUUUUUUACAAUUGUGGGCGUCACGUGAGGUGCAGGUGUCACCAUAUAACGGAAAUCCCCAUUGUUCUGUAGCAGUGGUUCUCAAACGUUUCACUGUGUGUGUGUGUGUGUGUGUGUGUGUGUGUGUGUGUGUACACGUGGGGUGGUGUUCCAGAUUAACUGGAGUUGGUUGAACAGAUGUGUGGCAGACUUGCCGCUACCGACAAAAAGGCAAAUAAACACCAAAUGUGUCAUCUGGGACAUUUGUGAGGUUCCCUCAAACACACUCCGUCAGUCUUGUUCCUCUUGAACAACAAAAUGUUUAAAAAUGUCGCGGGUUUACCUGGUGAUAUUCUCAUGCCGAUGCUGUUCACAGGACAGCAAGAGUAAACGAUCGGGAGAAUCUUGUCUUCUCAUUGUUCCCCUCGUACGUGUUAUUACUCCGAUUUCAGCGUUUUCGCUGCACAAUUAAAGCGUGCAGUUUACUUUGUGUGCGCUCAAAUGGAGUCGAGUCAGCGGCACCUCUGGCCAAGUACCAUAGCCCACAGCCAGAUUAACUUGUGACACACACAGUAGCGGUUUUUGAUACGGGCUACACGGGCGGUUGCCGGAGGCGGCAUCGUGGUGGGGGGCGGCAUCACGGGCAUUGGCAAAAAAUUUAUAAUUUACA